AACACACUGAAAACUCGUGUGACUCUCCAGAGAGCCAGAGGUCUCAGAGUCUUAGUUAGUUGCCACCUUUUAACGUGAAAUUCUUACAACAUUUGUGACAGAGGUGCUUUCUCCCGUGAUGUCAAAGAGGUCCUUUCUCCAAUACCGUGACUCAUGUCCCUGAGCAAAAUCCAUAACAAGCCUUUUUUGCCCAGAGACCUGUGAAUAAACCGAGAAGAAACCUCGUUUCAGGCAGAAGGCAUUGAUUGAGGACGACAAGGAGGACGAGAACGAGGAGGAGAAAUCGAGAAUGCAAGCUCGAGGAAGCCCAUUUCAGGACAAACUUGAGACAAGAGACGGAUGCUGCUCAUCCUAUGCAGUAUGAAGUGCCAGUAGCAUUGGCGGUAGAACUAGUGUCAGUGCUCGGGAGUGCGGUUUGGCCAAGAUCGGAGGAACCAGAAAAACCACUCCGUCAAAAAACUUGUGGCUUCAAAUAUGCUUGGAAUUGAGGAUCUUGUUGGCAGCUCCUGGCUCCGCUUGAGAGCGUGAGAGGUUGACGUAAUCUUUCAAACUAUUUUCGGAUAUGGAGAAGGAAGUGGAGAAGCCCAAGCGGUCAAGGAUUAGCAAUCCCAAUAUUAGGCCCAAUGUUCGAGCCACUUCGGCCGGAACGGGCCUCAGAAGCCUCGAGAAGAAGAACAAGGAGCUGAGUAAUGCAACCAAGGAACUCGAGGAGAAAAUGAAGAACCUCAAGAAUCGUACCCAACACAGAUCAUUGCCCAAGGUCAGGGCUGCAUCCGCUCCGCCGCGUGAGCUUCCAACGGCACCACGUGAACGAAUGCGCAAACCAGCCUCAAAUGUCUCGUCAAGGUUGCGUGAGCGCGAAGCCGAAUUCCAGCGCCAAGUUCAGGAUCGCGAGGAACAGAUUAACCGGUUGAAGGAGAGGCUCAAAGUGGUGAGCAAGAAGUUGUCAGAAGCCAAGGAUGGCGGUCAAGUGGAUAUUUCGAAACUGGAGAAAACGCUUCAAUUGGAGAAUGGCAUGGAGUUGCAAUGCAUCAUCAAACAGGUGACAAAGGAACGCCUCCAAUUGGAACGACACCUGCAGAUCGCCAAUGACUCUCUGCAGAAGAACAACGGGGUGGACUUGCAACGCUUCCUGGAACUGGAAUCCACCAACCAUCAUCUCAAACAACAACUAGAUUCUUUGGACACCUUACAGAAUGAGCACAGGCUUGUGGAAAUUCAGUUCAAGGAAAAGGAUGAGGCUUGCAAAGAGCUCAUGAAUACAUUGAACUUCAAGUCAGCCCUUUGUCAAGACCUUGAAUCUCAAUUGGCCAGGGUCAUUGAAAAGAACACCGAGUUGACAAUUGCUAAUAGCGAUCUGCAGAAGAAGGUUGUUGAGCUGCAGGACGUAAGUGAGGAAUGCCAGACACUCAAAUCUACCCUGUCUUUGGUGGAGAGUGAAUGUGUGAAUGCACAGUCAGAGGUCAAAAACCUCUCUGGUAAAGUCCGCAGUCUUGAGAAUGUCCUCGACGAGAUGCACAGCGCGGCUGAGAAUAGGCGAGAGAUUGAAAGACAAUACAAAGAGGCGCUGGAGAAUCUGAAAAGAAAACAAGAUGAGGUGGAAGAUCAAGCCACCAAGAAACAAGCUGAUUUGAUAGACGAAAUGAAGCGCAAAAUCGUUCUACUUGAACGGGAAAAGCAAUCCCAGAACGAAAAGCAUCAAGAGCUAAUUCUCGAGAUGGCAGAGUUAAAAAAGUAUGGCCCGGAAUCAAUAUCGUCGGAUAUGGAACAGCCCUCAGAUAACUUGGAAAUUGACGAAAUCAUGGCCAAGCUUGAACAAGAUAACAAGUUCCUGGCUGAUCUGGAAAAACAGAGAGCCGAGAAAAAGAGCGAAAGCCCCCUCCAUAGGACCAACUCGGCAAUCACUGAUUCGGGGUUUCUCUCCCAGAGUAGCCUGAAUGGGUCCAGUAACAGUCCGACAUCGAGGAACAACAUAAACCACUCAAACUCAAACGGGAGCUUGAACAAGAUUCCUGGAGUCUCUGGUGACGAGAAAAUCAAUCUUUUAGGGGGCGGAGGAGCAGGACUUCUAAAAGCAAAGCCUCAUUAUGGCAGCAAUGCAAUGAUAGAUAAAGAUGGUUCCAUUGAAAUCCCUGGGAAAGGAUGGUGUUUUGUGUAUUUGGCCCGAUAUUCUUACGAUCCGUUUCAGCACUCUCCCAACGAAAGCCCAGAGGCAGAGUUACAAGUGAACGCGGGUGACUAUAUUUUGGUGUGGGGGGAUGUUGACGAGGAUGGGUUCUUUGACGGUGAGCUCCUGGAUGGACGAAGGGGUUUGGUACCUUCCAAUUUUGUUGGAAAAUUGGAAGGACAGGAUCUGGAAGACUUCCACCAGCAAGUGAUCUUGGGCCUUGGCGAUUGUGAUGACUCUGUGUGCACCUCCGUCCCUCAUGACCUGGAUUUCUUAAGCUCUGAUGAAGCAGAUGAAAAACCGUAUAAGUUUUCCCAAGCGUCCAACCAUCAGCCCUUUACUCCCAUGGCGAAGAAGAACUUGCCCCAGUAUGCCUCCUGCACUGACCUGGAAGCCACAGAAGAUGAAGGAGACGGGAACCAUAAUGAGAAUCGUAUCCCUGCUCCUAAGCAAUUAACCCUGGAAGCUUUGCAAAACAAGUCAUUGGUAAUUGGUUGGAACCCACCGGAUUAUCCUGUGAACAAAAUUGAUUGCUAUCAGGUCAUUGUUGAUGGGAUUGUCCAAAGUACUAUCCGAUCCAAUGAGAGGAGCUUCAAGGCUGUUGUAAAUGGAGUAAAUGCCACCAUAAUCCACAGAGUGAGUGUCAAAACUAUUGGCCUCAACAGAAAGACGUCCCACGAAGCCGCUUGUACCAUGGUAAUUGGCAAGGAUGCCCCCUUGGCCCCAACCAGUGUGAAAUCCAUCCGAACGACCAGCACCACCUCAAACCUAACUUGGAUCCCGUCUAACUCCAAUUUCAUGCACGAGAUUUGUGUCAACAAUGUGGAAGUGAAAACUGUCAAGCCAGGGGUGUUUCGACACACUCUCACUGGCCUCCAACCAAAUACCAGCUACAAAGUGACCAUCCGUGCCAAAAACAUCAAAGCAGCACCAUACAUUUCCGGUCAUAAUCUGCAGAGUUUGUCCUCCAGUGUGGAGAUUCGAACCGAGCCUAAGGGCCUACCCGAGGCCCCAGUUGAUAUCCAAGUCGAUGCAGGGCCAAGAGAAAAGACACUCCUAGUAUCAUGGCUGCCGGUUACAAUUAACCCUUCAGGAACUUCCAACGGCGCUCCUGUCACUGGUUACGUGGUCUAUGCUGACGGCCGGAGGUUAAAAGAUGUCGAAUCCGGGACCGCAGACCAAGUUGUCAUUGACUUGGACAAUCAAUUCACACUCAGCCGAAUCACUGUCCGGACCAAAAGUUUGGAUAACCUGUCCAAAGAUAGUGAACCUUGUGUCAUUCCUCGUAAUCUGGUUCCUACCUGCCCACCUAAUCCCUCGAAGUCUGCAGUUCGAAACGGGCAUCAUCAUGAGUCAGACUCUGAAGAUGAGUAUCUGGAUCAGAUAUCCCAGAACACCAUGAAGAUACCUACCCUCAAUGGAUACGGAUCGAAACCCCGGGAAGUAAUUAUUAAUUACAGUAGUGGCUAUCCUGAGCUGGACUCGGACAUUGGUCCGUCGGAGUUGUCAGAUAUCGCGGAGGAGCCUGAAGAGGGGUUGACAGACAGUGACAGCAGCUGUUGUUCCACCCCAAAAAUGAAGUCUCCCAUAUAUUACAAGGAGGCGAAAUCGCCAAUCAGCAAUUACAAAUCCAAUUAUAAUGCUCCAAACAAAUGGGACCCCACGGUAGAAAAAGUCAGCACUAGUCAGUAUACAGUUUCACCAUUGUCAUCCUCCCAAAGUACGUUCACAACGUCGAGUUCAGUCACGUCCACGUCCUCUUCUUCAGUGCAGAACGUGCAGACGUCAAAGCAUUUCACCAACGGCAAAAAUGGCACCAAUGGCACCAACGGCUUCCAUAAACCAUCCAAUCAUUCUUCAUCUUCUCUUUACCGGCCCACGAUACAAAUCAGUCAGCAUGAUAUUAAUAACACCAACUCGAACUCAACCAUGCUCAAUGGAAACAGCCAUCUCAAACCGGAACGAAUCCGGAUCUUUGUGGCUCUCUUUGAUUAUGAUCCCCUGACAAUGUCUCCCAAUCCAGAGUCCGCCCACGAAGAGCUGCCCUUCCGUGAAGGUCAACUCAUCAAGAUCUAUGGCGAAAAAGAUCCGGACGGUUUCUAUUGGGGCGAGGCCGCCAAUAAGCGCGGCUACGUCCCUUGCAAUAUGGUGUCGGAAGUUCAGGUGGAUGACGAGCAUGUGGCCGAAGAACUCUUUCGCGAGCAAUCCUCGUCAUCCUCCAAAGCUAAUGGAUCCGCAAAUCAUACCACCACAACCAAACUUUCUGCCUCAAAUAUCGACGACAGAUGGGGCGAUAUCUAUGAGGACAUGCCCGCCAAACGAAAACUAGCCCUUUAUGACUAUGACCCACACGAACUCUCGCCAAAUGUGGACUCUGAGGUGGAGCUCUCAUUCAGAACUGGCGACCUGAUCUUUGUCUACGGAGACAUGGACGACGAUGGCUUUUUCAUGGGGGAAAUCGAAGGCAAACGAGGAUUGGUGCCUUCUAAUUUUCUGACCGAUGUCCCACCGGGCUACGAUCCCAAGCAAUUGAUGAGGAUAAUGGCUCAAGCUGGACCCAUGCCCGUCCCAUACAGUUCAUCAUCAACCACCAGCGUUCAGAUUCAUCAUCCCAAUCAACCCCGGAUACUUGGUCAGCAGAAGCGGUGGUGAAAUCCAGUGUGUUAGGAUCCCUCUUCCAGUAUGAAAUGGGAUUUCAUUGUGUUACAUUUGGAUCUUUGGAUCUAAAAUAAAACGGACGCCUCGAAAGAAUGUGUGAUAAACUCUCGGAAAACUGAUGCCAAAGAUUCAGUCCGUGUUACUCUCUCAGUUUGUUCUUCUGUGGUGGGUGAACCUGCCAAGAAUCAAUUAUUUUGCAUCAUAUAUGGGAUAUCACUUUUUCGCAUAUUUUCCCCCACCCUCAAAGAGAUCCUCAAUGUUCUAUAAUUUGCAUCACUUGAUACAAAGCUCAAUAAAAUUCAUUUUGCUAGGAUAA